AUGAGCAACGACAUUGCAAUUGCAGCCCUCGCGCGGUUCAUAACGGUGUCCGACCGCAUGAGCAAUUUCAGAGCGACCAUAGAAACUCCAGGGCCGUCAGCUCCGUCCGUCCACACCUGCAAAGUCCGUAAGGAACAAGUCCGCUCACUCUGGGAAAAGGCCGAAAAAGAAUUCGAAGCGUGUUUAGACACGAUUUCCAGCAUUACGACUGAAGGAGCGGAGGAGAUUCUGGCGACUCUGCAUCGAAAGUAUGAAUAUUGCUAUUCGGUGUACGAGGAGCUAUCAGUUCAUCUCAGCGAGCUGAUGGACCAAGCCACUCCGCAGCAGUCGACAGCGAGCACCACUAAUCAGUCCGCUUACAUUUCGUCUGGUUCCGAAUCAGGCCAGGCUCUGAAAGAUCUUCAGAGCACAAUCCAAGGGUGUUUGGUCGCUCUGGCUCAUUCCAAAAUUUCCACAGAGAAUUGGGACUGUCUCCUGGUAUUCCUGUGCGCCAGUAGAUUACCGAAACUGACCCUCUCCUUAUGGGAGCAGUCCCUUUCAUCGAAGUCCGACAUUCCGACUUGGGAUGAGAUGAACACGUUUCUUGGUGACCGAUACCGAACGCUAGAGGCGAUUGAGGACAUGAAACCAAGCUACAGCAAUCACUCUACCACUAAGAGUCAACCCGUCUCCAGGAGGCUCAACUCCUUCGAAGCUAAAGUGGUUUCCAAACCGAAGAAUUGCGAUCUGUGCUCAAAGGAGAAUCAUCCAGUCCGCUUAUGCCAGCGUUUUCUCCAGAUGUCUGUCGAUGCGCGGACCAACUACAUCAAGAAGAAACAGCUGUGCCUAAAUUGUUUCGCGAGAGGCCAUCAGCUACGUGAAUGUACGAGCACUCACAGCUGUUUCACAUGUCGAGCUCGGCAUCAUACGUUGCUCCAUAAAGGCAACCCCAAUUCCAGUGGGUCAACUACGGGAAAUAUUUCUUCUGCAAGCCCACAAAAUCCAACUGUACAGAGGGCCGCCAACGCUUCAGAAAAUCUGCCCGGUGUGCAGAAUUAUUUCGCAACCGGUGCCAGAGCGGUUUUACUAGGUACAGCCAUCAUUGACAUUUGCCACUUGGGUACGAACUACAGGGCUCGCGCUCUAAUAGACUCGGGUUCUGAGGCUACGUUUAUUACGGAACGCCUGUUCAAUUUAAUUAAGCUGCCAUUCCGCCUCAUCCAAGCCCAAGUUUCGGGCUUAAAUAAGACCAUUUCCGCUCAGGCGACCAGGCUCUGCCAUUUUUCGAUUCGAGCUCCUAAUAAACCAGGCCUUCAGCUAGAAACCGCAGCUUACGUUCUGCCUGAAUUGGCCGGAACGCUACCGUCCUAUCCAAUCCCACGAGAUGCGCUGAGUGAUUUACCUGCUAUCCCCCUGGCAGAUCCUACAUUUCUUGAGAGCUCCCAGAUAGAUGUUCUGAUCGGAGCCGACAUGUUACCAUCCGUUCUGCUGAGCGGCAUGCGCACAAACAUUUGUGGCUCUCUUCUAGGUCAAGAAACUAUUUUUGGCUGGGUGCUUACCGGCCCAGUUUCAAGUACAUCUAGUCAGAAUCGAGUAUCCGCUUUCACGACCCAGAUAACCGAAACGGGUGACAGAGUCUUAGAAAAACUUCUCACUAAGUUUUGGGAGGUGGAGAAUAUACCCACUAAAAGGGUAAAGGACUCCGAUUCCUAUUGCGAAAACAAUUUUCUCCAAACGACCACUAGAGACGCAAGCGGGAGAUACGUAGUAUCUUUACCAUUUCGCGAGCCUGAAAAUCUCGGGUCCCAAUUGGGGCACUCGCGAUCCAGUGCCCUAGCUCAGUUUCUUAGAAACGAAAACCGUUUGAAGAGAGACUUUCCAUUAAAAGAGCAGUAUGACUCAAUCAUUCAAGAGUAUUUGGAUCUGGGUCAUAUGAGAGAAAUUCCCCCGUCGUACGAUUCUCCAAACUAUUACCUGCCACACCACGCGGUGAUCAAACCCGAGAGCACUACCGCCAAACUUCGCGUGGUAUUCAAUGCUUCUAGCCCUUCAUCCAAUGGGACAAGCUUGAACGACAUUCUUCAUGCUGGUCCAGUCCUACAAUCUGAUUUAACCAUUCAGAUAUUGAAGUGGCGUUAUUUCCAGUACGUGUUCAGCGCAGAUAUCACCAAGAUGUACCGUCAAAUCUGGGUCGACCCCAAACAUACGCCGUUCCAAAGAAUCUUAUUCCGGAAUAAAGAUGGAGAAGUAAACGAUUUCGAGUUAAAAGCAGUCACCUUUGGUGUGAACUGUGCACCAUUUCUGGCACUCCGCGUACUCCAACAAUUGGCAGACGACGUAGAAAAGGACUUCCCUACAGCAAGCAACAUUAUUCGUCACUUUAUGUACGUAGACGACGUUCUGGCAGGGACCACUUCCAUACAAGAGGCUCGACUGGCAAUCAGCGAACUUCGCCACGCUUUCAGCAGCGCCAGGUUCCCAUUGAGAAAGUGGACGGCCAACCAGAAGAGCAUACUCGAAGACAUCCCAAACGAGCAUCUACUCCACGAGGACUUUCGCGAUCUUCAUUCCGAAAGCUUUGCCAAAACACUGGGCGUUCGGUGGAAUGCGACCUCGGACGAGUUCUGUUUUGUUUCACCGCCAGUGUCGAUUAAAUCCACUCAUACGAAGAGAGAGGAGUUGGGCUGGGAUGAAAACAUCCCCACAGAAAUGGAUCAAAGAUGGCAAGAUUUUUUGCGCAGCUAUUCCGAGCUUGAGCAGAUCCGCAUUCCAAGGUGGGUUGGUUUCCAGCCAGGAGUGAAGGUAGAGCAUCACGGGUUUUGUGAUGCGUCUCAGAAGGCCUAUGGGGCCGCUAUAUACUUGCGGGUGGAAGUAGGCCACAACAUUAUGACACGUCUGCUUACCGCCAAAACCCGAGGCGCCCCUGUUAAAACGGUGUCCCUUCCACGGCUCGAGCUGUGUGGGGCAUUGCUGUUGUCAGAGAUGAUUGCAGCUGUCCUUCCGAAUAUGCCAAUUUCCAAUUCCGACAUUUUCUGCCGGACCGAUUCCACCAUCGUCCUCGCAUGGUUGAGCAAGCCGGCAUGCCACUGGACCACGUUUGUCGCCAACCGGGUGACAAAAAUUACUCAGGUAACGAGCGCUGAGCAUUGGGCGCAUGUGCGAUCUGAGCACAAUUCCGCGGACCUGGCCAGUCGAGGCGUUUCGCUGCGGGAGCUGGUUCAUAGCCAACUCUGGUGGGAAGGACCGGACUGGUUGCAACAGCCGAAGGACAUGUGGCCAACACGGGAGCUAGGACCUCCAGUCACAGACAUAGAGCAGCGUGCUGUGAAGGUCAAUUUCGCCAAGGCCCCAUCCGAAGAUUUUUUGGAACGUUUCUCCGCGUUGGACAAGGCUCUGCGGGUCCUUGCGUACGUAAUACGGUUCACUCAACGCUGCCGCAAGAUGCCGAGGGACGCUGCUGAGCGACCCACCAAGGAAGAGGUCCAAAAAGCUGAAAGAGUCCUCAUUCGAAAUGCUCAGCGGGGAGAAUAUACCCAAGAGCUCAAAGUCCUAAACGAUAAGCGUUCGAUUCCAGUUUCCAGCCCGAUCGCCAACCUGUUUCCAUUUCUAGACCAACAAGGCCUGUUAAGGGCAUGUGGGCGCAUUACGGCCUCAACGGCCCUCCAGUACGACGAGCAUCCUAUUAUACUGCCAUACAACUGUCGGUUAGCUCGUCUUCUCGUCCUUUUUUCACACCAGAUUUCCCUGCAUGGCGGCAACCAACUAGUGGUACGCCUCAUCCGAUCGAAGUAUUGGAUUCCUAAAAUCAAAAAUCUGGUAAAAGCUGUGCUGAAUUCCUGUAAGGCUAUCCAUUUAGAGCCUACGUCCGACCUGACAACGGAGAAGUUCCUCGCGACAUUUGCCCGAUUCGUCGCAAGAAGAGGUUGUCCUCAGCGAGUCCAUUCGGAUAAUGGCAAAACCUUUGUGGGGGCAGCGACUCUACUUUCUAGAGAUUUCAUGCAGACGAUCAAGGAGUCUGUAGCUGGAACCUAUAGCCAUCAGGGACUUGUGUGGCGGUUCAUUCCACCAGGGGCUCCACAUAUGGGAGGAUUGUGGGAGGCUGGAGUAAAGAGCUUCAAGGCACUCUUUUACAAGUCGACGUCAAGUCGGAAGCCGCUGUCUCCCAUGUCCGAAAAUCCAUCUGAGUUAUUGGCAUUGACGCCAGGCCAUUUUCUGAUUGGGGGACCUUUGCUUUCAACAGCUGAACCUGAAAUUAAGGGCGAUGCUCAGUCAAUUAUAAAUCGCUGGCAGCACUUAAAGGCCCUACAUCAGCAGUUCAGUGCGCGAUGGAAGGAGGAGUACUUAAAGGAACUUCACAAGCGCAAUAAGUGGCAGACUCCUUCCAGAGAUAUCCAAGUCGAUGACAUGGUGGUUGUCAAAGAAGACAACAUGCCAUCAAACGAAUGGCGGCUCGGCAGAGUUGUAUCUGUUCUUCCAGGAGCCGAUAGUAGAGUUCGCGUAGUUGAGAUCCGUACUGCUCGAGGGACUAUAACACGUCCCAUCCACAAACUAGUACUUCUUCCUAUGGAGGACCAGGCAACCUCCGCCUUUCCGAAAUAA